AUGUUUGUACCGAGAGCUGUGAAGAGGAAGACAGAGACUGGAAAGAGUGCGGGGAAGAAGAGAGUCAUUGAUAGGAGUUAUGGGGGCACGUUUGAGGCGGUGUCACAUCAAUCCUCAACCUCCAUUACUGCUCUCAUUCCAUCGCUGCCCAGUGCGGAGUUGUCACAGUCAUCACCUACCCUCAUCCCUGCCUCCUCUAACCACCCCUUCGUAACCAGCACCUCCACUUCUCCCGUGUCUCCACAUUCCCCCACUUCCAUAGGAAAUGGCAGUAUUUCAGGAUCUGCCUCUCGUGAAAUUGAUCCAUCUGUGUUUUCUCCUGAUCCUCCAGCUGCGGUGCCCAGUGGUCACUUUUCAGCCCCAUCCCCCUCUUUAGAUGUUCUCUCUGGCUCCCAUGAAGUGUCUGCCCCUUCUUGUGUUUCUGUGCCAUCCUCUGCAGAAUCUUGUGUCCUAGAAGAUGAACCCAUCAAAUCCUUCAGCAAACUUCAGCGGUGGCCCAUUUCGGGGGAACCGGUGUGUGUUGUAUGUGGGAGAUAUGGAGAAUACAUAUGUGAUCGGACAGAACAUGAUGUUUGCAGCUUGGAAUGCAAAGCAAGGGACAUAUUACAAGCUCAGAAGAGCAGCACCCAGAACUCUACUAGUCCUCCAGAGUACCAGACAGUACUAAGUACUGAUGGAGGACAAGUCCAGUUAUAUACUGCAUCUAAUAUCAUACCUCAUCCAUACAUGUCCAUGGAGUCGUCUUCUUCUACAGCUAACCCCCAUGACACCACUUACUCCUACACUGAACACAACUUUAUAGCCCAGCUGGGGCAGGAUCAGAUUGACCAUCUAAGACAGCAGCUUGGCUUGUCUGUGCAAGGGAAUGAGGUGUGCAAACCUAUCAUAGAAUUUGAACAUUUAGGCUUUCCCGUUGCACUCUGUGCAAAUUUAAAAAGAGCUGGAUAUGAAGUUCCCACUCCCAUCCAAAUGCAAAUGAUCCCUGUUGGAUUGAUGGGGCGGGAUAUUUUGGCAAGCGCAGACACUGGCUCAGGGAAAACAGCAGCUUUCCUUCUUCCGGCCAUCACCCAUUGUCUUGAACAGAAAGAUGCUCCAGCUGCUCUGAUUUUGACUCCCACCAGGGAGCUUUCUGUGCAGAUUGAGAAACAGGCCCAGGAGCUAAUGUUUAAAAUUCCUCAGAUGAAGACUGCUUUGCUUGUAGGAGGGAUGCCUUUACCGCCUCAGGUCUAUCGGCUGAAGCAAAAUGUGCAGCUUAUUAUAGCAACUCCUGGAAGGCUUUUGGAAAUACUUAAACAAGAUUCUGUCAAUCUUGCUAAACUAAAGAUUCUGAUUGUGGAUGAGGCAGAUACAAUGCUAAAGAUGGGAUUCCAGCAGCAAGUGCUUGAUAUUAUUGAACAGGCUGCACAGGAUCAUCAAACAAUCCUGGUUUCAGCUACCAUUCCUGCCAGCAUUGAAACUUUUGCCCAGCAGCUUUUAAUGGAUCCUGUGCGGAUCACUGUUGGUGAGAAGAACCAACCAUGUUCUAAUGUGCGUCAGAUUGUACUGUGGGUGGAAGAGCCUUCAAAGAAAAAGAAACUCUUUGAAAUAGUGAAUGAUUCUAAGCUGUUUCAGCCCCCUAUCCUGGUAUUUGUUGAUUGUCGAUUGGGAGCAGAUCUCCUGAGCGAAGCUGUGCAUAAGAUUACAGAACUAGAAUGCGUUUCCAUCCAUUCUGAUAAAUCCCAGACGGAAAGAACUAAGAUACUCAAGGGAUUACUCCAGGGAGAGUAUGAUGUUGUCGUCAGCACUGGAGUCCUAGGAAGAGGUCUGGAUUUGGUGAAUGUGAAAUUGGUGGUGAAUUUUGACAUGCCUUCAAGUAUGGAUGAAUAUGUUCAUCAGAUCGGAAGAGUAGGAAGACUUGGCAACCGAGGAACUGCUAUUACAUUUAUUAAUAAAAACAACAAAAACUUAUUCUGGGACUUGGUGAAAAGAGUACAGCCCACUGGGUCACUUCUUCCACCUCAGCUACUCAACUCCCCCUAUCUCCUUGAGCAAAAGAGACUAGAGCAGAGAAAGCAUCAAGACCAAGGGAGGUUGGUUACAGGAAACCAAAUUCUUGAUCUCAUUCAUAAACAUGACAAACAAGGACACAAAUAA